CACCACGACCACAUCAUCAAGCGCGCGCCGGUCACGUGACGCGCGGAGUGCCCGCUGUCCGUGGUGCUGAAUCUGAAAAGGCGGCCAGAGGCGGCGGGGGCCCCAUUCGCACGCCGCUCCGACCGCGGGCCGCACAACCCCGGCCGACGCGUAACCCUCCCCCACCAAAUGCACACUGCCAACCGUCCCUCUCGUUGUGUCUCAGUGCAUCUCUCUCUCGCUUUACGCUUGUAGCUGGAGCCAUAAUGGCGAGGUUUUGCUAAAGACGGGAUAGCUGUUGGCAGCGGCGUGCCGGCUUGGGUGGAGAGAAACAGCGGUUGCGACGGUAUCAUCAUCCCUGAGCAGCGGCAGCAAGCGAAGAGCGACGGACGGACAGACUUGAGAGCGGGGGGGGGGGGGGGGGGGGGGGGGUGAGGGGUCGCCAAAGCGAGAAGACGACGAGGAGGAGGCGGCGAGGGAGUCUUCGCUCGGCCGGGCGAUGUCUGACAGAACCCCGCCGCUCGGUCAGCUCCGCCUGGAGUGGGUUUACGGGUACCGCGGCCACCAAUGCCGCAACAACCUCUACUACACGGCGGCGCGGGAGCUCGUGUACUUUGUGGCCGGUGUCGGGGUGGUGUACAACACUCGCGACCACCGGCAGAAAUUCUUUCUCGGCCACACGGACGAUAUCAUCAGCCUGGCCCUGCACCCGGACCGCAGCCUCGUGGCCACGGGCCAGGUGGGACGCGACCCGUACGUCUGCGUGUGGGACUCGUACAACGCGCAGUCCGUCUCCAUCCUCAAGGACGUGCACACGCACGGAGUGGCGUGCCUCGCCUUCGACGUCACGGGACAGCUGCUCGUGUCCGUCGGCCUCGAUGCCAAGAACUCCAUCUGCGUGUGGGACUGGAAGCGCGGCAAGCCAAUCGCCGCCGCGCCCGGGCACACGGAGAGGAUUUUUGACAUAUCCUGGGACGCGUACCAGCCGCAUCGGCUGGCCAGCUGUGGGGUCAAGCACAUCAAGUUCUGGACGAUGUGCGGGAACGCCCUGACGCCCAAGCGCGGGGUGUUUGGCAAGGCGGGCGAUCUGCAGACCAUCCUGUGCCUGGCGUGCGCCCGCGACGACCUCACCUACUCGGGCGCCCUCAACGGCGAUGUGUACGUGUGGAAGGGCGUGACGCUCGCCCGCACCGUGCAGGCCGCGCACGCGUCGGCGAUCUUCAGCUUGUACGCGUGCGAGGAGGGAUUCGCCAGCGGAGGACGCGACGGCUGCGUGAGGCUCUGGGACACCGACUUCAAGCCAAUCACGACCAUCGACCUGGCCGAGAGCGACCAGGGCUACAAAGGGCUGUCCGUACGCAGCGUGUGCUGGAGGAGCGACCGUAUCGCCGUGGGCACGCAGGACAGCGAGAUCCUGGAGGUGGCUGUGCGCGAGCGCGACUCCCCGCUGCUCGUCAUGCAGGGCCACUGCGAGGGGGAGCUGUGGGCGCUCGCCGUGCACCCCGCCAAGCCGCUCGCCGUCACGGGCAGUGACGACCGCUCCGUCAGGCUGUGGAGCCUGGCCGACCACGCGCUCAUCGCUCGCUGCAACAUGGAGGAGGCGGUGAGGUCGGCGGCGUUCAGCCCCGAUGGCACGCAGCUGGCGCUCGGCAUGAAAGACGGAUCCUUCACCGUGCUCAGAGUCAGGGACAUGUCGGAGGUGGUGCACAUUCGCGAGCGCAAGGACGCGGUCCACGUGCUCCGCUUCUCACCCGACGGCGCGUACUUAGCCGCGGCGUCGGCGGAGGGCGGCGUGGACGUCUACGCGACGUCGCAGCGCUACAAGAAGGUCGGCGAGUGCUCGCCGGCACCCGCGGGCGCCUGCUCGCUGCAGGGGGCCGUGGGGGCGUCCGGAGUUCCGCUCGACGGCGGGAUGGCCCUGGUGCCGGCGGCCGUGACGCCGGGCUCCGUGGUGGCGAUAGGUCCCGGCGGGCCGGCUGUCGGUGGUGGUGGUGGCGUUGGCAGCGGUGGCGGUGGUUUGGCUGUGCCAGGCGGCCCGGCUGUGGUGGUGCACAUGGACUGGACGUUGGACGGCCGGUUCCUUCACACGAACGACACCAGCGGGCACCGCGCCGUCUACAGGAUGCCCUUCGGCAAGGUGCUGACGGAGAAGGAGGAGCUGGAGGUGAGCCCGUGGGUGUCCUGGACGUGCCCGUACGGCAUCGAGGUGGCCGGGGUCCACCCCAAGUACGGCGGCGGUGGCGGCUCCGUCGGUGGCGGUGGUGGCGGUGCGGGCAACAACGUGAGCACGCUGGACGCCAACAUCGCCGGAGGGGUCCUCGGGGCGGGCGACGAGCAGGGCCUCGUGCGGCUCUACCGCUUCCCCAGCUUCAAACGCGGGGCCAAGUUCCGCAAGUACGUGGGCCACUCGGCGCCGGUGACGUGCGCCCGCUGGUCGCAGGACAGCACGUGGCUCGUGAGCAUCGGCGGCACGGACCACUCGCUCUUCCAGUGGCGCUUCAUCCCCGAGGGCGUGCCCGUGUCCGACGCCCCGCCGCAGGAGACGUACACGGAGUCAAACAGCGAGGGCUCCGACUCGGAUUUGUCCGACGUUCCGGAACUGGACUCCGACAUCGAGCAGGAGAUGCAGAUCAACUACGAGCGGCAUGUCUACAAGGAGGACCUCCCGCAGCUCCGUCAGCAGAACCGCGAGAAGAAGCGAGCGGCGACGUCUCAGAGGCGCGAGCGGGCGCCCAGCAGCAGCCUGCGCCUGCACUUUGUACACGGGUACCGUGGUUACGACUGCCGCAACAACCUGUACUACACGCAGACGGGCGAGGUGGUGCACCACGUGGCGGCCGUGGGCAUCGUGUACAACCGGCAGCAGCACACGCAGCGCUUCUACCUGGGCCACGACGACGACAUCCUCUGCCUCGCCAUCCACCCCGCCAAGGACUACAUCGCCACCGGGCAGGUGGGGCGCGACGCCGCGGUGCACGUGUGGGACACCGAGACGCUGCGGCCGCUCGCCGUGCUCAAGGGGGAGCACCGGCGGGGCGUCUGCGCCGUCGAGUUCUCCGCCGACGGGAAGCGGCUGGUAAGCGUCGGGCUGGACGAUGCCCACACCAUCGUCGUGUGGGAGUGGAAGCGCGGCGAGAAGAUUGCGUCGGCCAGGGGUCACAAAGAGAAGAUCUUCGUGGCCCGAUUCAACCCUCACAAUGCCGAGAAGCUCGUGACCGUUGGCAUUCACCACAUCAAAUUCUGGCAAGUCACUGGCGGUGGGCUGACGUCUCGGCGCGGCGACUUCGGGGCGCUGGCACGGCGCGACACCAUGAUGUGCGCCGUGUACGGCAAGGCGGAGGACACGGUGUACGCGGGGGCGGCGCGCGGGGACGUCUACCUGUGGAAGGGCACCACGCUGCUGCGCACCGUCAAGGCCCACGACGGGCCCAUCUUCAGCAUGCACGCCCUGGAGAAGGGGUUCGUCACGGGAGGGAAGGAUGGAAUCGUCGGACUCUGGGAUGACAACUUCGAGCGCUGCCUCAAGACGUACGCCAUCAAGAGGUCGUCGCUGGCGCCGGGCUCCAAGGGCCUGCUGCUCGAGGACAACCCGUCCAUCCGAGCCAUCACGCUGGGCCACGGACACAUCCUGGUGGGCACGAAGAACGGCGAGAUCCUGGAGGUGGACAAGAGCGGCCCCAUGAUGCUGCUGGUGCAGGGACACAUGCAGAGUGAGGUGUGGGGCCUCGCCGCCCACCCGCACCUGCCCAUCUGCGCGUCGGUGAGCGACGACAAGACACUGCGCGUGUGGGACCUCUCGGACAACCACUGCAUGCUGGCCGUGCGCAAGCUCAAGAAGGGUGGCCGCUGCUGCUGCUUCUCGUCGGACGGGAAGGCCCUGGCCGUGGGCCUGAACGACGGCAGCUUCCUGGUGGUGAACGCCAACACGCUGGAGGACAUGCUGUCCUUCCAGCACCGCCGGGAGAUGAUCACCGACAUCAAGUUCUCACCAGACCCCGGCAAGUAUCUGGCGGUGGCGUCGCACGACGGUUUCGUGGACGUGUACCGCGUGCUGAGCAGCAAGCGCGUGGGCACGUGCAAGGGCGCGUCGGGGUGCGUCACCCACCUUGACUGGGACACGAAAGGGAAGCUCAUUCAGGUGAACACGUCCGCCAGGGAGCAGCUGUUUUACGAAGCGCCGCGGGGAAAGCGACAGAACAUCCAUCCGCACGAGGCCGAGCGGCUGGAGUUUGCGUCGUGGACGUGCGUGCUGGGCCCCACGUGCGAGGGCGUGUGGGCGGCGCACAGCGACGGCGCGGACGUGAACGCGGCGAGCCUGUCGCGCGACCGCUCUAUCCUCGCCACGGCCGACGACUUCGGAUUCAUCAAACUCUUCCAGUACCCGGUCAAGGGAGCGUACGCGCGGUGCAAGCAGUACGUCGGGCACAGCGGUCAGGUGGCCAACAUGCGCUGGGCGUACGACGACAGCCUGCUGCUGAGCGUGGGCGGCGCCGACACGGCGCUGGUGCUGUGGAGCCACGAGCGCGAGCGCACGCGCGACUUCCGCCCGCUCGACAGCGAGGAGUCGGACACCGACUCCGAGGAGGACGGAGGCUACGACAGCGACGUGGAGCGGGAGCGGGUGAGCGACUACGCGUCGCGCUCGGCGCUCACCAACAUCCGCCCCAUGGCGGGAGGCGCCAAGCCGCACCUGCAGCCCAAGGAGGCGUCGCCGGACGAUCGAGGAACCAGGCCAGUGCUCAGCCGCUCCCUCGCCAUGCCCGACAAGGUUCAGAAGAACAACGUGGGGAAGAAACGCAAACCGAUCGAGGACCUCUCGCUGGAGCACGUGUUCGGCUACCGCGGCUUCGACUGCCGCAACAACCUCCACUACCUGAACGACGGGGCCGACAUCGUCUACCACACGGCGUCCGUGGCCAUAGUGCACAACCUCGCAACGGGUUCCCAGAGCUUCUACUUGGAGCACACGGACGACAUCCUCUGCCUGACCGUCAACCAGCAUCCCAAGUUCAAGAACGUCGUAGCCACCGGGCAAAUCGGUGAUAUCGCUGAUAUGGCAGGUGCCGUGCCGAGUGUGCACGUGUGGGACGCCACCUCCAAGCAGACGCUGGCCGUGCUGCGCUGCGGCCACGCCCGCGCGGUCUGCGGCGUGGGGUUCAGCGCCACGGGGCGGCUGCUCGUCAGCGUCGGCGCCGACCCCGAGCACACGCUCACCGUGUGGCGCUGGCAAGAGGGCGCACGAGUGUCGAGCCGCGCGGGGCACAGCGAGCGGGUGUUCGCCGCCGAGUUCCGCCCGGACUCGGACUCGCAACUCGUCACGGCCGGCGUCAAGAGCGUCAAGUUCUGGACCCUGGCGGGCGGCGUCCUGCUCGCCAAGAAGGGCGUCCUGGGACCCGUCGAGGGCGCCCGCGUGCAGACGAUGUUGUCGCUCGCCUUUGGGGCUAACAGCCUGACGUUCACGGGCUCGCUGAGCGGCGACGUGUACGUGUGGCGCGAGCACGUGCUGGUGCGCCUGGUGGCGCGCGCGCACACGGGCCCCGUAUUCUCCAUGUACACGACACUCAAGGACGGCCUCAUCGUCACCGGGGGGAAGGAGCGCCCGAGCAAAGAGGGCGGCGCCGUGAAACUGUGGGACCAGGAGAUGAAACGCUGCCGAGCCUUCCAGCUGGAGACCGGGCAGCUGCUGGACUGCGUACGCUCCGUCUGCCGGGGAAAGGGCAAGAUCCUGGUGGGCACGCGCGACGGUGACAUCAUCGAGGUCGGCGAGAAGAACGCGGCCUCCAACAUCCUGAUGAGCGGGCACACGCGCGGCCCCAUCUGGGGGCUGGCAGCCCACCCGUCGCGCGACGCCGCCGUGUCGGCCAGCGACGACGGCACCGUGCGCAUGUGGGACAUCGCGGACAAGCGCCCCGUCAACAAGGUGAGCCUCGGCCAGGCGGCGCGCUCGGCGGCCUACAGCCCCGACGGCGACAUGGUGGCCAUCGGCCUGGAGAACGGCGAGUUCAUCCUGCUGGUGGUGGCCUCCAUGAAGGUGUGGGGCAAGAAGCGCGACCGCAAGUCGACCGUGCAGGACAUCAGGUUCAGCCCCGACUCGCGCUACCUGGCCGUCGGUUCGUGCGACUGCGCCGUCGACUUCUACGACCUCUCCCAGGGCCCCUCGCUGGCACGCGUCGGCUACUGCCGCGAUGUGCCCAGCUUCGUGAUCCAGCUCGACUUCUCCGCCGACGGCCGCUACAUCCAGGUCUCGACGGGCGCGUACCGGCGCGUCGUGUACGAGGUGCCGACGGGGAAACCCGUGACAGAGCAGACCGUAGUCGACCGCAUCACCUGGGCGUCCUGGACCUGCACACAGGGUGAGGAGGUGCUCGGAAUUUGGCCGCGCAACGCCGAGAAGUGCAACGUGAACUGCGCGAGUGUCUCCCACUCGGGCCUCACCGUCGCCACCGGCGACGACUUCGGCCUCGUCAAACUCUUCGACUUCCCGUGCCAAGAGCGAUUCACGAAACACAAGCGGUUUACCGGCCACUCGCUGCACGUGACGGCCGUGCGCUUCUCCCAGGGAGAUCGAUUCCUGCUCACGGCAGGAGGCCAGGACAGCAGCGUGUUCGUGUGGAAGUGCCAAUGAUCGUCGGGCGAUGGGGGAGCUCGGGAGACGGGGUGCGAAGCUGCUCCCGCCGCUCCCUGGGGGCCCACCGCCGCGGGGAAGGAUAGAAGGAAGGAGCGGCGGCGCUUAUGCCAUCCUUACCGGAGCGCGGCACAGGCGUGUUUGCGGGUUCCGUGCGGCGCGCGAUGGAUGACGCCGCUCGAAGUGUCUUGGCUCCUGAUCGAUGGGUUCGGUUCAACCCUCCGUCGAAGGGCUUGCCGCGGUAAAUGCGUGCUCGGGUCGCGGCUCUGGCGGGUGUCGUUUUUACAUUGAGCCUGCUUUCGAAAGCCCUUACGUGGAGCUGAAUUGGCGGUGGGAUGAUCGGGCCCGCUGUUUACGGUAAGACUCGGUGGUUACGGAGGUUUGCGAUCUGCGCAGGCGAAGCGAAACUCACCGCGAUUUCACGAGCCGCACGGACUGACGUGUAGCGAUGCCUCCGGACGUUGCACCGAUCUCAGAAGCUCAAGCAGGUUUGAGCCUGGUGAACACGAGGAGCAGUGACCACCAGGGGCUUGCCAGGUGUUGUAGGCUCAGGCUGCAAAGUGGCCAGCAGAUGGCAGUAUUGAGUGUCACCACUGAGUGCGUUUGGUGGGUUUUCCUCUGGAUACGCUGGUUUUCUGCCACAUUAAGCCAAACACAAUAAUGCUGGAGCACCCCACCUAAACAAGCCCUGAAACUCACGGAGGCUUCAAUGGCUAAAUCUUUGGCAUUGUUACAGAGGCACCCGCGGUGUUUGGCUGGCGAGUGUCACUGCUGUCCAUUCCAAGUAUGUCAAGGUCAGUUCAAAUGCGAGAAAUUAAUCCCACAUCCACUGGCCUUCGCGAGGGGGCGAGCGCUCGCCCGUCUUCGCGAUCGCGCACCGACAUCGGCCUGUGCCCCACUUAUUUUCCACGUACAAUUUCCGCUUGCGGGAAAGUCGUGAAUGAAUUGCACAGAUGUGGGCCACAGCCUAAUUAUGUAGGCCUGGGUACAUACGGCCUGCGCAUGGCCUGGGUACGUACAGCCUGCGAACGGCCUGGGUACGUACGGCCAGCGCCCUGCCUAGACUGGCCCAUGCUUUUACCCCUUUUCCGCUGGCACCUUUCGAGCGCCACGCUAGCCACAAAGCCCUCGGGUGUUUUUUUUUGUUUUUUUCCCCCACCGGCUACUUUGCUCGAGCCGAGCCGGAACACAAAACCCUGAAGCUGUGGCCUCACGAGACAUUCUGAAUAUUUGGCUCGGUGCCAAUAGGUGGGGUGGCAGAGCUGACGACGCAUCUGUAUCGUGUGUGACGUCGGUCAGUACGCCGUGAGGACAACGGCGUCAUCGCCCACGCGGCGCGGAUCCAUCGGUGCGCGUCACGUCACGUCAAGCGGUACGGGCUCGGCUUCUGCAGUGGAUAACAACCGGGCGGCUCCUGCGCCGUGCCGAGCUGGCUCGGGUUUGCGCUUUGGGAAAAAAGGGGUAUUCGUGGUCUGAAGUUUGGAUAAGAAUCGUCGGUCCCCCGAUGUAUGUGCCUGUGGUGAUGCUGCUGCUGCUCCUGCUGCUGCUGCUGCAGCCAUUUCUUGAUAGCAAGACGCAGCUGUGUGGAGACGCAACUGUGGAGACGCAGCACAUUGCUGCCGAUGCGACGGCCGCCGUCGCCUCGACGUUUUGCGAAGCGCGGAGGGUUAAGCGCGGCCGUGUAAAAUAUCGUACCCCCUUCGUCCAAUGGACCCGUGUACAUACGACUCGGUGAGGCGCAGCGGUAAUGCUACCAAACGUCCCAGUUCGGCCGGGACAGUUUCGGUGGUUUCAGAAAGUGUGUCCAGGUGUUCUCGAAGCUUUAAUGAAAAUCGGGAUUUUGUACCCCGGUUUAACAUUUGGGGGUCUCGUGCUCCCUACUCAUGAUUUAGGGUGAAAGGCAGAGCUACAUGUGGAGUGGGUGGGGCUACCUGGGUAGUGGGCGGGGCUACCCGAGCAGUGGGCAGGACCAACGUCGGAGCGGGGCUGGGCCAUUUGCUGUGAGCGGGGCCAGUGGUUGGGUGGGCGUGGCUAUGUAAAAGGAGGCGGAGCGUGAAAGUGGAGGAGGGUCCUGUCGGCUCGCCGUGUGUCCCCGUUGAGCCUCCCACAAAUGUGGGCAGCUUUACGCGGCGGGUGGCUUGAGGCACGUGUCAAGAAGUCAGUGGCAGUGUUGUGUACUUGUACGUAACCUGUGCAUAGUUCAUAUUCGUGUACGAGUGCGGCUGUGAGUGCGUGCACGCGCGCCCGUGUGCAAGUGUACAUUCAAUGAAUGGCGGAUGUCGUUCACCUGAAUUUAUAUCCGUAUAUGCCGAAAGUUGCUUUAAUUGGGACUGCGUGAAAGGCCGUGUGUGACUUAAGGGCAAGCUGCAUGAGUGUUGAAGUGCUCACAGGAUACUGACCCAGCCUACCGAGACUCAAUCAUCUGUGGGUAAAAACAAAACAAAAACACAACCCUAAAACUACUAUCGCGAGUGUUGUUAAUAAUCGUAUCACAGUACCAUAAAUAAUUAUUAUUUACAGCAGGAUAAGUGGAGAAUGUGUGUGUGUGUGUUGGUGGAUCAUUUGCCCUGUGUGGCCUUAGCGUAAACGUCAACUCCAUCUCGCCACGCCGUUCGUACGGAUUCGGUAUUAAUUAACGGCGUCUCGGUCGAUAAUUUUCUUUCUCUUUUCCAUCUUCCGAUCUCAACCAUAACAUCCUGCACCGUAUGCAACGGCCCGUUUGCUUGCCAGUCAUCGUUACUGCAGCCUGGUGAAAAUACACGGGAACUUGAUUGCAAUGGAACUUCGUGGAUGUUGUUUAUGUUAUUGUACAUAUUACGUAUCAUCGGUUUGGUGCUAUUGUGCUGCGGGGUCUCGGUUACCGAUUCGUUCGUGUACUCAAUUGAGGCUAAUGGAUAUUAUUUCCAACCCGUGAUCAUUCACAAGGUUUUGUUUUAGUCCUUUAACCUACAGGGGCGAGGUUGAUGUUAAAUAUAACCCGCUACAGUCAUUUUAUCUCCGUGGGUUGUCGCAAAGUAGAAUAUCGUUUGUUUUUGCUAAGACAAAGACAUCGCUCGUUAUUGGGUGGUGGUACGCGGGCAAGCGAAGCAGUGCCGGGAGACUCGGUUCAUCACCUUUAGCCACGAUCUAGCCACUGUUGGAUGAAGGCUUCCCCAUAGCCGUCGGCAUCUCGCGCGCGGUCUUGCGGUGCGCCAAUCAAAUAUCGUGCACUCGUGCGCACGAUAUUUGAUUUCACUCCUCCAUCUCCGCGGUAGGCGGACCUCUCGCCAAUAAUAAGAUGACCGCCUUUUUUUUUGUGCUCCUCUUAUCCUCACUUGGGCGCACGUAAUGGAGUUAGCAUGACGUAGUUCCACUGGGCCACGUCCAGGUCACUUCUGGUCGGGUCAAUUACGCAAUUAAGUGCGGAUGAUAGGACGAUGGCUUUGCAACCACUCCUGGGUUGCGCCUGUUAUCCUUGCAAAAGCGCAGUUAAUAUGAACUGAAAAUACGAUAUUAGGAAUUUUCUCUUGUCGAUUCAGUAGGCCGCGUAAAAUUAGAAAUAGCGGGCAGUAGGAUAGCGAAGCGUUCUUCAUUGCAAGGCCCGUGGGGGGGGGGGGGGGGGGUGGCGCUGGCUGCCCGUGGUGACCUUUCGUGCGGCCCCCGACAAUACAAAGAGUGAAAACGCUCCCCAUCAUCAUCGUGCUGCUGUCAAACCCCCCCCCCCCCCUCCAAUGGUUUCAAAGUGCGGCGGCCCCUCGCUCACACUGACGACGUCUCAUCGACCAAAGUGCCCCCCCCCGCCCCCUCUUAAAAUGAGUGAAGAACGCCGGUGUAGCGGAUAAGGGGGAGUUUCACGGCCCACGAGUCGCGUUUGUAUCAUUGUUUGUUUGUUUGUUUCACGUCGUCAUGCCAAAGUUUACUAUGCACUAAACUUGUACCAGUUCACUGUGCUCCCUGUGCGUGGUGUGAGCCGAGUUGUGGAUGCGGUUGCCAUGCACUUUCCAACCGUUUCAUCCAUCGUGGCUUCAACGUGACACAACUUGUUUGCGCGUGCGCGUGCAAACGUAAUACGUGUAACACACAUGUCCACCUAUAUGACUACACAAUACGUACCGUAGAUAUGCAUUACUCCGCAUAUGCGCACGCACGCACGCACACGCGCGUGAGUACAAGCGUGCACGCGCAGUGUAGCGUGGUCAGAUAGGGCCCUGAUGCAAUACAUAAGCUGGACCCCCCCCUACCCGCGCCCUCCACUUCCCGAUCACUUUAUAGCUCAAAUCUUGGGCCAUCCCAUCCCGUGGGCCUUGGUGCAGUUCCAUCCCCCCCCUACACACUCUCAAGAGCUAUGCCGCUGCUCACGCACUCGGACACAUUAAAAAAAAAAGAUGCAUUCAACACCAGUGCAAUAUAAUAUUUCAGUCAUUUUUCGGCUUCAUUACGUUUCGAGUUUAACUGUGGGACUCGACACUAUCGUCAGCUUUUAAUUGUUUUGUUGUUGCUAUUUAUGAAUUAUUGCGAUCGUACUUUUUAACUCAAUAAACCAGAGACCUUUUUUUUUUAUUUUGCUUAUCGCGUUUUCCCACGGUGUCACCACAAAUGAAGUCCCCCUUCAAAUUAUGACAUCUCAGUAUUUCUGUUUGGAACAAAAGAUGUUGAAUUUUAUUAAAAUGCCGAGCGCUGGUGUUGCUUUAAUCUCGCGGUUUACAACUUAACUGUCGGCAUUGGGGGUCACGGUGGAGAUACAUCCGUCACGACAACUCCACCGCGCAAUCCGCCAAAUCGGUGUUUUUUUUUCUUCCCAAUUUGCUUAACCGGUUUUGGUUUGUCUUCACGUGCUGUUUAAAACGUAUUUGCGCUGCCCUAUGCAGCAGAAUCUUGAGAUAUCUUUACAGUAAUUAAAUUCGGGGGGGGGGGUUCAAUUUUUUUAAUCUAUAUUUUUUUUUUGCUGUACACAAAGACAAAGGCCCGCCGCAGAACGUUGAGCGACAAAAAGAAAAAUAUAAUAACCGCUCGCGAAUAUCCGCCAGGCCCCACGGACUAGACGUGUGUUGAUGAGGGGGUGGGGGAGCGUAUAACCCGGGGAAUGGGGGGGGGAGUGAGAAAAAUUGUCUCAUUUACGUAAUUAAAAUGAUUGAUUUUAUUCACUCAACAGGUUGCCUCGGCUGUGCCGCAAAUGCCCACGGAUGUGUUUUCGGGUUGUGCCGAAUGUAUGGCUGUGUUCGUCAGAUCCUGAAGAAGCUUCCGGCACGUAGGGCAAAACGUCGGACAUCGUGUCGAACAACGCGGCCACGGUUCAUGCCCAAAUACCACGUUUGGAGAGUAAAAAUUAAGUAUUAUGAUUUAAGAUAUUGUUAAAUUAGUUUAGUUUUUGGUUACCAUUUAAUUGAACUAAAUUGAGCUGAAAUUUAAUUCACUGAAAUGCACACGCGCACACGUAUAUACAGAUAUACUCCACACGUGAAUAAUAUACGUAACUUAUUUUAUAUAUAUGGAAUCUAAAAAUAUAUAACACCUGGUAAUGUAUAUAGUAAUGUGUACACGUCACACAACACAACAUGUACAUACAUAAGUGCGGUAUCUCAAUUGUGUAUCUCGUCUGCAAUGUUGUACAUACGUCUUGUAAAUAAUCUACGAAUGAACGAUCAUGCAUGUACGCGUUACUGGUGAGGUGUACACGGCUAUGUGUCCUCCAUCCAUCGGUACGAACGUCACUACAUCGCACAAGUGGUACAGGCGUGCACGCGUCUCUUUACGUUUGUCAUGUGCGGAGCCUCAAAUGAGAAUACCUGGUGCGGUGUGCAGUAAAUGUCGGCACUAGGGAGAGACAAAGGCGGCCGGGCGUGGUGUUGGCCAUCCACGCCCUCGUGUGCCGUGCCGGCCUUCAUAGGUGCUCCUAAACAUCACUUACCCCCCAGGCUAUACGGGGGAUAUUUGUUUUGCGUAGCCAAGUACCGGUAUACAUGCAGCGUGUACCAGACGCGAAUGAGUCCCGUUGACGUUUAGGCGUGCGCAGUUUACAUAAAUACACGCGGCUAUACAUAUUGGCUUGGCCACACGAAUAAUAAUCUACACGCUCUGUUAGUGGUGUGCUGCAGUGUUAAUGCUGUGCAGUGCAUUGUGAGAGAGUGAGACGAAAGCUACGGCUGAGUAAAACAGAGGAAGUGGGGAGCCACCUCAGAUUUAAUCGUUUGUGAAAAUCACAUUUCAACCUCGAGGCUGCUGUACGCCAAUACAGGCGCUAGGGAGCAGUCUUGAUCAGAAGUUGAGUGGCACGGUGCCACUUGGCCAGGAAUUUGAAUCGACAAUCUCACGUCCCCGCGUGUAUUGCAGCAAUGGUUCGAGCGAGGCCCAGCUGAAAUAAAAAAAAUCCGUGAGAUUAUUCCAUCGCAAUUAAAAGGCACCACAGACAUGCAAUUACACUUUUUUUUCGCAACUUAGAAAUUGAUCAUUUUCAUCCCAUGGGUGAAUUCAAAACGCAUAUGAGUGAAUUUAAACCACAUGGGUGAAUUCAAACCUCAUAUGAGUGAAUUCAACCUGCACAUGAGUUAAUUCGAACCCCAUAUGAGUUAAUUUAAACCACAUGGGUGAAUUUAAACCGCAUGAGUGAAUUUAAACUACAUGGGUGAUUAUAAGCAGCACAUGAGUGAAUAAAAACCUCAUAUGGGUGAAUUUAAACCACAUGAGUGAAUUAAAACCGCAUAUGGGUGAAUUUAAACCACAUGGGUGAAUUGAAACCGCAUAUGAGUGAAUUAAAACCGCAUAUGGGUGAAUUUAAACCACAUGGGUGAAUUGAAACCGCAUAUGAGUGAAUUAAAACCGCAUAUGAGUGAAUUCAAACCGCAUAUGAGUGAAUUCAAACCGCAUAUGAGUGAAUUAAAACCACAUGGGUGAAUUGAAACCGCAUAUGAGUGAAUUCAAACCGCAUAUGGGUGAAUUUAAACCACAUGGGUGAAUUGAAACCGCAUAUGAGUGAAUUCAAACCGCAUAUGGGUGAAUUUAAACCACAUGGGUGAAUUGAAACCGCAUAUGAGUGAAUUAAAACCGCACAGCGAAUCCCCUGAAGAAAUAUGUUCGUCCCAUGUAUGCGAAAUCGCACAAACUGAACCCGCAUAGAACGAGAGAAGCCCUGUAUAUCACAUGCUCGCAUUGUAUAACCACAGGGUGGGCUCUUUCGUACAUGUCUGUAUGCUCGUGUGUGCGAGUGUUGACACUUGUGUGAGUAACGUACGAAAGAUAAACCCGUUAAUUUCCCCCAAAAGCCUCUCUCGUAAUUUCUCGGUGUAUGCCCUACAAACUCAACGUUAGAUGUAACUUUUUUUUCUUCUUAAUGACGUAUAAUUGUACGCCGGUCAUACGCGACAUUAGAUGGCGUUUAAUAAUAUAA